AUGUGGCCAAAUCGGCCUGCUUUUUGUUUUCCGGCCGUUUUAUUGAUAAUAAACGGUAAGUAAGACAGACUAAAUAUUAUUAUUUCAUGAUUCUGAAGUAGUUACAGAUAUUUGGUUUUGUAAGAAUAACAAAAAAUGUUAUCUUAUCAUACCUAAAUCUAUCUUACUAUUUUAUACCCUACCCUACAUUACCACACAACACCAUAUCGUAUACUACUUAGAGCUGGCUGUUGGUCCGGGCAGGAUGGGUCUGGCGCAUCGGUCCGUUGAGAUGCGUUUUCAUAAUCGGCCCGGUCAAAAAAACUAGGGCCGCGGUCCUUGCUUUAGGACCAGACCGAUAGCCACCUUUAAUCCUACCCUAUCAUACCUUACCUCUACACCACCCUAAACUACCCCCCCCCCUCUCCCUCCUACUUUUCUCGGCAUCAAAAUGGCUCGCACAGGCACUGUCUAUCUACUAUAUUAUACCUUUUCAAUUCCCAGUACUAACGAUUAACCUACCCCCAACCAACCCUAAUUUUAUCUAACUUGGGUAAUAUUAAUAAUUACAGCACGCAUUUUAGCCCUGCCCAACUAUCGCCCAUUAACAAGCUUGACUCAAGAGCAAUGUCAUCAAUAUAUAGAGAAGCCUCACAAGUAUCGCGCACAUCGGAUAACGUACCGUGAUCCGCAUACAUUGGACGGGCUGGCAAUUACGUGCGCUGCCAUUAAAUCCCGACAUUUUUUCUCGCACCGAACUUUAUAUCCCAAAGAGAUAUUGUUCCCACUGGCUUAUGUUCGGUUGGUUUAUAAGGUAAAGGUUACUGUAGUUUUAAAGAGAAUGGUUUUAAAAUUUGGAUAAGAUCUUACAUUUACAUGACUUUUGAAUUGGAAAAAUUUGAAGGAAAUCUGAACAUUGCAAGUCGGGUACCUUCCUUGUUAUUAUACAAGGAAAGUACCUUACCUGCCCCGCUCAGAAUCAGCUCAAACUUUUUAUAUGAAUUUGUUGUACUACCAAUAGUACUUAUAAAAAGUUUUAGCUCGCGCUUUUGAGUUUUAAAUUUUAAAUAUUUAAAUUUCCCGCCAAUUUGGCAUUGCGUUUCAAGCCCUUUUUCGACCUUCCAGACCAGCUACGCUUACAAAUUAAAAAAAUGUAGGUUCAUUUAAAGGUAUUAUACUAAUAUAUCAAAGAAAGACCAUUAAAAGUUAAAAAAUUACAAAAUUAUAAGCUUGCAACACAAUGCUAAUUUGACGGGAAAUUUAAAAAAUAAUUUUUUAAUCUCGCUUUCCUCGAGAUUUCCUGGUAAGCGCGAUGUAGUACUUUGCUGAAGAUCUUAUAUUUGCAAUGUCAUACUAUAUAAAAAGUUUAAAGUCAAGAGCGAGGCAGGUCGGUAUUUACCUUGUUAUUUUAUAAAUUUUUUUGGAAAAUUUGAAAAAAUAGUAAAAUUUCAAAAUUUCAAAUUCUUCCAGGACUACUUGUUCCUCGAAUCCGAGUUAGCCGUUUCGUAUUCGCCGCAGAACAUUUACUGUUAUGCGAUCGAUGCAAAAGCGCCGAAGGUGUUUCACGCUCGGCUUCACGCGCUUUCGGCCUGUUUGCCGAAUGUCAUCGUGACACGAGUCGAGUAUCGGAUGGAUUCGGAAGGGCACAAUGGGACGCGUUCUAUGAUGGAAUGUCUUCGUAUGAUCACGAAACACAAUUGGAAGUAUGUUUUUGUACUACAAGUAAGAGGUUUGUGUGAUUGCAAGCGUGCUUUGUUUUACUAUACUACAUAUUAUACUAGUUCAUGUCUAAUAACUUAUUGCUAGUAAAACAGAAGUAGAACCCCUGUAUAACGAAUAGCUUGAAAUCCGUUAUACAAAAGUUCCACUCUAGUACAAGUAACACUAUAGUAAAUUAGACUUAUUAAAGCUAUGUUUCAGAAUCACGAUAUACAGAUCAAAACGAAUUCGGAGCUAAUUCGCAUUCUACAACUUUACAACGGUACCAACGAUGUUCAAGCGUACAGACAGAGUAUUAAGCGAAUACAGCCCGGUGUCAACUGGUCUUUUAAAGCUAUGAAUUUGUUCAAGAACGGUACGUACUAUCAUGCUUAA